AUGAAAACUUAUGAAUUUGAGUUGAAUAAUAAGAGGAAUAUUUAAAGAGAAGAACUCUUUAUUUUGACGAUUGUCGAAAGAGUCUUAGCAGGUUUCUUAUCAUCAAUAUCUUUUAUUGAUUAAGCUUAAUUUUGUGAGUUGCUUACUAAGAAACAAAAAGAUAAAAAAACUAUUCAACCAUUACAUUUAUAAAUUUUUGGAACAAUCAAGCGAAAUUUGCUAAAAAACUAAACACCAAUUAAAGAUUUAAAAGUUAAUUAUGAAAUCAGAACUUUCAUUUCAAAAUCAAUAGAUUCAAGAAAAAACUAUUUAUGUUUAUCUAGCAAAAAAACUCAAAAUAAUAAAGAAUAAUAGACUACUGAAAUAGAAAGUUCAUUGUAUGCAUAACCAUAAUCUGUAAAGAGUAGAAGAUUUAGAUUAGAUAAAACAAGUAAUUAAGAGGUUCAAAGAUUACUUACUAAUGCUAGUUAUCAACAAAAUGAUUCAACAACCACUCGAGUUAUAAAUCCCUUUUAACUAAACAGUCCUAAUAGUACUUAAGCUGAUCAAUUUUUUAAGGACAUUUCUUUAUAAAAAUAAUUGACAACUAGUGAAAGUAAGCUUAAGAAUAGAAAUUAGAAACCAACAAUAAAUAUAGUAAGUUAAGAUGGCGAAAUAGAAAAGUAAGAAAAUUAUCCAAAGUAAUUUGAAAGAAAUUAUAAAGAUAAAUAGAUCAAAGCAAAUAAAAGUUAUGAAAAUCCUGAAUAAAAGCAGAAUUAACCUUAUUUAGAACCCUAAUUACACUAAAAUAAUUCCUAAACAAAAAAUAGUUAAUCAAAGAUAGAAAUUUUAGAUUAAAAUAUAAUUGGAGAGUCAUUUAACCCUUAACAUUCUUAAGCUCAAAGUUAUUCUAGGAAAUAAUCUUAAAAUCUUCCAAUGGGUAGUGACUCAAGUAAAAUGGAUCUUAAAGAGAAAUUGUAAAAAUACUAUAGCAAUGACGAUGAUUUCAGUUCAUAAAGAAGACCUAUGACUUAGAGUGAUAGGUUGAAAUAGAUAACAUAUGGAACUAACACAGAAUUACCCUUUUUAGAUAAAGAUCUUAAAUCAAAAUAAUAGACCAUCUAAAGUGCAAAAUGUUUAGACAAAAAUCAAGAAUAAACUUACUUAAAGUAAAAAAAAUAAGAUAAAAACAUAAAACAACAUAAAUCUGAAUAUCUUAAACAAGAUGAAACAGAUCUUAAGAUUGAAUAGAACAAUCACUUAAUAAGUCCAAAAGUUGAUGAACAAAAUAAUAAUUUACUUUCUCCGGCUUGUUCUUCUCGUACUUUACAAUCAAUGAAAUCAACAAAAACUAGAUAAAUGAAUUUACAAUCCAAUGAACAAAAAAUACCAGACAGUUAAUAAUUCAGUUUAAAAUAUUAAUAAAAUAAUGAAUAAAAAAAAGCAGACUUUUAAUAAUAUUAAUAAAAUUCAAUAUCGAAAGAAGAGUCUUAAGUAUCAUUAUUAGAUUAUUCAUUGCACAAGUAAGAUAAUUUACAUUCCCACUUGAAUGCUAAUAGACCAGCUACUUCUCAUAUAGAAACCAAUAAAGAAUAAGAAUAUCCAUAAUUUUAAACACAUGAUAACAUCGACUAAUAAUAAUAGUAUUAAUAAAUAUAAUUGAUGCCAUAAAUAAGUAUGACAUCAAUAAUGCAUGAUGAAGAGCAUUAUCCAAAUAUGAAUCAAUAAUAAUAAAUUAAUAUUUAAGUAAAUUAAUGUGAACCUUAACAAAAUACAAAUAAUGUCAUAAUUGAAGAAUCAAUAGAAUGUUCUCCUAUUUAUAAAAUGCCAAAUCAAUAACAUGUUAUGCCAACAUUUAAUAAUUUAGGAUUAGAUAAUUAAAAAUAAUAAACUAGCUCUUAACUUCAUUCUUAACAAAGAUAAUAAAUAUCUCCAUCAGAUAGAAAUUAUUCAUCAUAUUCUCAAAUUCCUUAACAAUCAAAUCAAUUACAAAUUAAUUAAGGUUAAUCAAGAAUGUUGAUUCCUAUUAAUAAUACAUAAAAUAGUACAAAAAAUAAUAAAUCAUCAAAUAGAUAAAAGUCUUAAGUGAGAGAAUAAUAAUAGUAAUAGCAAAGAUCAGAUGAAAGUUAACCUGAAAGUAAAUUAACUAUAGAAUCAUCAUAAGGAGAGAGAUCAAAUAGAUCAAAAGCAGUCAAAAACACAAAAUAACUCAAGUUACCUGUUGCAGCUGCUGCUUUGAAUUUUGCUAGAAGGAAAUCUUCAAAUUAAAAUUCUCCCCAUGAUGUAAAAAUAAAUUUAAUUUAUAUUUUAGCCAAAAAAAGUUGAAUAAUAAGAAAAAGAAAGGUAAAGAUAAUUGGAAUAUCAAAAAUAAUUGGAGAAGAUGAAGUACGAAAGAGAAUUAAUGGAAUAGUACUAAAUUCCUGAUAAUAUGCCAUUAUCAUAAAAACGUGCUAUCAUAGAGUAAUUAAUUAAUCAAUUAGAAUCUAUUGCUGAUUAAGAUGUUAAAUAUUAGAUAAUGUUAUGUAUUAAUUAACUGUUAUAUGAUUAGAUAAAUAGAGAUAAGAAUAAAUUUAAAAUGCAGCUAAACAAGAUAUAGUUUUUAAUCGAAAUUUAGAUAGUUGUUAUGAAGAAUUGAAUCAUCUCUAAGAAUAGAAAUUGAAAUCAUUAGGAAAAGAUGAUACAAAUAAAGUUUAGUUUUUGAAAUUUGAAGAUUAAGUUUAAACAUCCUUUCCAGGUUAAUAAAAGGCUUUUUCUUAAGAUAUAAAUUCUCCAAUGAAAAAGAAUUUAAAAUUUUUAAGUAAAUUGGAUCCAGUGUAGAUAGAAAAUUAAAUGAAUCGAAUUAAAGAAUUUAAGUAAGAAACAGAGAUGUUAAAAUUUUUCUCAUCUUUCAACUCUUAAUAUGAUAAGGAAGUAAUAUUUAAUAUAAUUUAAAGGUUAAUUAAUGUGAUCUUGAUUAUCCAACAGAAAGGGAUAGGUAAUAUUCAAUUGAUUACUAAAGAGGAAUAUUGCCUAAAAUUACAUAUAAGAGAAAAAAAACUUAGAAAUAAAGCACUAAAUUGAUUGUAAGUACUUUUAAAGUAGAUCCUAUGAAAUUAGACUUGGUCUUACAAACAACCGAUAAAAUAAAAAUGGUUGGCUAAUAUUUACUCUGA